AUGGAGACGAGCCCCAUCCCGGUACUGACGGUCCAAACCGCCCCCUUCGACGACCAGCGGCCCGGUACCAGCGGGCUGCGGAGGAAGACGGCGGUGUUCGAGGGCAAGAAGAACUACCUGCAGAACUACAUCCAGAGUGUGUUGUCCUCCAUGGACCUGCGGGACCGACAGGGCUGCACCAUGGUGGUGGGCAGCGACGGACGAUACUUCAGCCGAGCUGCCACCGAGCUGAUAGUGCAGAUGGCAGCUGCCAACGGGAUUGGUCGUCUUGUGAUUGGCCACAACGGCCUCCUGUCCACCCCCGCUGUUUCCUGCAUCAUCAGGAAGAUCAAGGCCAUUGGUGGGAUAAUCCUCACAGCCAGUCACAACCCGGGAGGCCCCGGUGGAGACUUUGGAGUCAAGUUCAAUGUGGCAAAUGGAGGCCCGUCUCCGGACACAGUGAUGGAGAGGAUCCACCAGGUGAGCCGGACACUCGAGGAGUACGCAAUCUGCCCUGAUCUCCGCAUUGACCUUUCCAGGCUGGGAAGACAAGAAUUUGACUUGGAGAACAAGUUCAAACCGUUCAGAGUGGAGAUUGUAGACUCAGUUGAUGUGUAUCUACAACUGCUGAAAAACAUCUUUGACUUCAGUGCCAUUAAAAGUCUUCUCACAGGACCAGAUCAGGUCAAGAUACACAUAGAUGCCAUGAACGGAGUGAUGGGGCCCUAUGUACGGAGGAUCCUGUGUGAUGAGUUGGGAGCUCCCGCUAACUCUGCUGUCAACUGUGUCCCUCUGGAGGACUUCGGUGGGCGACCUCCGGAGCCCAACCUGAUCUACGCCACCUCUCUGGUAGACGCCAUGAAAGGAGGGGACUUUGGCUUUGGAGCGGCAUUUGAUGCGGAUGGGGACCGGUACAUGAUCCUCGGAGAAAACGGCUUCUUUGUGAACCCGUCAGACUCGUUGGCCAUCAUGGCUGCCAACCUCUCCACCAUACCCUACUUCAGACAGCUGGGAGUCAAGGGCUUUGCCAGGAGUAUGGCCACCAGCACCGCCCUCGACAGGGUAGCCAAAGCAAUGAAACUGGCGCUGUAUGAGACUCCCACAGGCUGGAGGUACUUUGGGAACCUGAUGGAUUCUGGGCGUUGUUCCCUCUGCGGGGAGGAGAGCUUUGGGACAGGCUCAGACCACAUUCGUGAGAAAGACGGUCUGUGGUCGGUGUUGAUGUGGUUGUCCAUCAUGGCCGCCAGGAAACAAGGUGUGGAGCAAAUCAUCAAAGAACACUGGGCCAAGCUCGGACGCAACUACUUCUGCAGAUUUGACUAUGAAGGCCUGGACCCACGUGCUGCCUUCUACCUGAUGAGGGACCUGGAGUCAGUCAUCUCAGACAAAGCGUUCACCAGCCAGAAGUUUGCCGUAGGAGACCACGUAUACAGCGUGGAGAGGGCCGACAACUUUGAGUACAUUGACCCCGUGGAUGGAUCAGUGGCUCGAAACCAGGGUUUAAGGAUUGUCUUCACUGAUGCGUCCCGCCUGGUGUUUCGGAUGAGCGGGAGCGGCGGAGGGACGGGCGCCACCAUCCGCAUUUACGCUGAGAGCUUCGAGAGAGACCCUGAGAGACACAACAGAGAGACACAGGUGGUGCUGGGUCCUCUCAUCGCCAUCGCCCUGAAGAUCUCCAACGUCCAUGAGAGGACAGGGCGCCGUGGCCCCAACGUCAUCACAUGAGCAACAAGGAAAACACACGCACACACUCACAUGCACGCACACACGUCAUGCAUCUAACUGCUCACAUCGACAAAAAAUACCUUCAAAAUAUAAUUUCCCUGUACUUAUCUGCCAUUUUUAAAUCCCCUUCUCUGUAGCUGUAUUCUCAUUUUUAUUUUUUCUCUAAAUGACGACUAAACUGAGGGUGCUUAUCUCUCAAAAAGAAAGCACAAUGUUCUCCGAACUGUUUAUUGACCACUAUCAAAAAUAUUCAGUGUCUAAAAAACAGGGAAGCUAUUUAAUUAUUGCAAUAAAUAAAUAAUGAAAAAUAUGUAAACAGCAACCCUAUCAUGAAUGUGCAGACUGACUGUUAAUGUUUGUGGCUUGCAGUUAUUGACAAAGGGAGCCUAAGAUAAUUGUUUAAUUCACCAUGUUGUUUUGUAUAACAGUGCAGUGUUCACUUGUCAUAUUGCUUUUACCUGUCCUCUCAUAUAUGUCAUUAUUUUCAACCAUUUCAUGCAGAAGUAAUCAAACUAUUUUCCAAGUGUAAAAUAAAACAGCCGUUGCAUCACAACUAUAUACCAGUGAAGUGAAUUGCAAUUAGUUUAUGUUUGAUAUAUUAAUGUUAAUGCAUAUAUUGCUCUAUGAAGUAGUGGGAAGACUCUUGUUUACUACCUAAGGACAAGUAUUCAAAAUGUAAAAUAACAAAAUAGCGAAUGAGCCCACAGGUAAUGAAAAAGAAAAUAUAUAUUUUAGAUUUGUUUACUAAUCUGGCUUUCUCUUUAAUUUGUCAGUUAAAGCCUUUGGGAAUGCCGUAUAACCAUAUUUGAAUAUAUUUUUUCUUUUUUUUUAAAUCCAAAUAAACUUUUUUUGUGUGUA